GUAUACACCCCUUUUCUCAAGUACAGCUGCCGCUUUUCGCCCGUCUGUGAUGUAAAAUGGCGCUGAGUUCUCAAGGAACAAAGAAAAAAGUGUGCUACUAUUACGAUGGUGAUGUUGGGAAUUACUACUAUGGCCAGGGGCAUCCCAUGAAGCCACACCGUAUCCGCAUGACACACAACCUCUUGCUGAACUAUGGUCUCUACAGAAAGAUGGAGAUAUACCGACCUCACAAAGCCAGUGGAGAGGAGAUGACCAAGUACCACAGUGACGACUACAUCAAGUUCCUGCGUUCCAUCCGGCCUGACAACAUGUCGGAGUACAGCAAACAGAUGCAGAGAUUUAACGUUGGUGAGGAUUGCCCUGUGUUUGAUGGCCUGUUUGAGUUCUGCCAGCUCUCAACAGGAGGCUCUGUUGCUGGAGCUGUGAAGCUGAACAAACAGCAGACAGACAUUGCUAUUAACUGGGCUGGAGGUCUCCAUCACGCCAAGAAGUCUGAGGCGUCAGGUUUCUGCUAUGUGAAUGACAUUGUGCUCGCCAUUUUAGAGUUACUGAAAUACCACCAGAGGGUUCUGUACAUAGACAUUGACAUUCACCAUGGAGAUGGAGUGGAGGAAGCGUUCUACACCACAGACCGGGUCAUGACCGUGUCCUUCCACAAGUACGGAGAGUACUUCCCCGGCACUGGAGACCUGAGGGAUAUUGGCGCAGGGAAAGGCAAGUACUAUGCUGUGAAUUACCCUCUGAGAGAUGGGAUAGAUGACGAGUCUUACGAAGCCAUAUUCAAGCCUAUCAUGACUAAAGUGAUGGAGAUGUACCAGCCUAGUGCAGUGGUUCUUCAGUGUGGAGCUGACUCUCUCUCGGGAGACAGGCUUGGCUGCUUUAACCUCACCAUCAAAGGCCAUGCUAAGUGUGUGGAGUACAUGAAGAGCUUCAACCUGCCCCUGCUGAUGCUGGGUGGUGGAGGCUACACCAUCCGGAACGUGGCCCGCUGCUGGACCUAUGAGACAGCCGUGGCCCUAGACAGCUCCAUACCAAACGAGCUUCCAUACAAUGAUUACUUUGAGUACUUUGGGCCAGACUUCAAACUGCACAUCAGUCCCUCCAACAUGACCAACCAGAACACCAACGACUACCUGGAGAAGAUCAAGCAGCGUCUGUUUGAGAACCUUCGAAUGCUGCCCCACGCCCCGGGGGUCCAGAUGCAGGCCAUCCCAGAAGACGCCGUGCAGGAGGACAGUGGAGACGAGGAGGAGGAAGACCCUAACAAACGGAUAUCCAUUCGCGCCCAUGACAAGAGGAUAGCGUGUGACGAGGAGUUCUCAGACUCUGAGGACGAGGCUGAGGGUCAAGGGGGCGGACGGAGAAAUGCUGCCAGCUUCAAGAAAGCCAAGAGAACAAAGACUGAAGAAGACAAAGAAAAAGAGGGAGAAGAGAAGAAAGCAGGCGAUGACAAGAAAGCUGAUGACAAGAAAGAAGUUAAAGAAGAAAAGGGGCCAGAGGAGGAGAAAAUGGACACAACAAAGGGGCCAAAAGAGGAGUCCAAGACACCGUGAGGAGCUCCUAGCCAUCUUUUUUUUAAGCAUCUGAAGGCUAAAUUCGUUAUAACGAUGGAUUUCGCUUUUGGGAAACCGGGCCCUGUUGAGAAUAGUCCUGUUUGCCAGACCAGUCACCUUUACUGGCUGCUGCAAGGGAAAAUCCCACCCCUCCAGAUUGAAAUGGGUUAAACAUGUAUUUUCUAGAACACUUAAUGUUGCAAUUUUUAUAAGUACUGCUGUUUUUGUAUGCUUUAAGCCCAUUUAGCUUUAUCCUAUCAAUACUGCUCCCCUUACCCAAACAAAUGUUGUCUACAGUAUAUUAAAGGCCUGGCACAAAAUAUUAUGCAUUUUAUAAAUUUCAGAUUUAAUUUAAAUCAUAAAUAUGUUGACAUCUCUUGUACCCCCUUUUGUAUUUUGUCCCGCUGUUGUCCUGUGUCUUUGGAAACAUAGUUGAAGCAUGACAUGAAGUCCACUUCUUAAAGAUGUAUUCAUUCUGUGUUACCGGCUAAAGCUACUCUGAGCAAUAUUGUCCGGAGGAUAGAAUUAACCUGAAUACUACACCAGGCCUACAGUAUGUGAUAAAACAGAAAUAAUCCAAUGA